GGUAAUUCCCGGCCCCGCCCCAUCCCCCCUCCUUUCUUCCAUUUCCGGGGCCCGAGGCCGGCACCUUCCCUGCGCCGAGAGACGGACUGGACUGAACCAUGAGCGGGAGGGGAGCGGAGCCGGAGCUGGAGCUGCUCGAGACCCUGAAGGAACAAGCCAUUGAGAAGUACGAAGAACUGAAAACCGAGAAUAUGAAAACAAAGGAUGAGUACGACAAACUGAGGAAAGAGAGAGAUGACGCUGUCAAAAAGCUGGAGGAGUUCAGUAAAAUUUCCCACAUGGUUAUUGAAGAAGUCGGUUUCAUCCAGAACAACCUGGAGGUGGAGAAGUCGUGCCGGGAGAGUGCAGAGGCGCUGGCAUCAAAGUUAAACAAAGAGAACAAGACCCUGAAAAGGAUUAGCAUGUUGUGUAUGGCCAAACUGGGCCCCGACGUCAUCACCAAGGAGAUUAAUUUAGAUGAAGAAGAACCAGCGACCGAAGCAGAAGCGGCUGUGUGCACCUCACUGGGCUGCCAACAAAGGAUAAAAGAGCUGCAAGAGCAGGUGAUAACUGGACAAGAGGAGAAGAAAUCAGUGACCCUAGAACUGGAAAACUUGCGCUCAACGCUUUUGGGUUUAAUUGAGGAGGUAAACAGCACAAAGAAAGAAAAUGUCAUGCUGGCAAAACAGGUCUUUGAACAGCGCAAACUCCUAGAUAAAUGCAACCGAGUGUCCUUAUUGGCUGUGGAAGAAUAUGAAGAGUUACAGAGCAGUUUAGACAUGGAGAAGGACUUGCGGCAGAAGGCAGAAUCGAUCGCCCAUGAGAUGUACAUUGAGCAAAACAAGCUGAAGCGACAGAGUCAGCUCCUCCUGCAGAACUGCGCCCCCGACGCCCAGUUGCUGAAAGCCCUCGAGGAGAAUUCCAGACUCACUCAUCUAUUAGAGGAGAGCAAGAUUCAGCAUCAGCUAAAGGUGAAGGAGCUGGAAGAGGAGCUGGAGGAGGCCCGGCUGAGAAAAGAAGUGCAGAGUCUGAAGAAGCAGCUGGAACUGAUAGAGGAGGAGAAAAGAGAAUUAGAGGCCAAGUGGCAGAGUUCAGAGUCAGCUGUGAAGGACCUGAAGCACUCGGUGGAUGAGCUCCAGAAACGACUACAGCAAUCCGAAAAACCAGCCCCGCCCCCACCACCACCUCCACCGCCCCCUCCUCCACCCCCACCCAAUCCUAUAAGAUCCUUAAUGUCCAUGAUUCGGAAGAAGCCCAGUGCGACGUCUAGUGCGGCCAAACGAGAACUUGCACCAGUUUCUGAGUCUGAGAACGUGGGUGAUCUGAAACGACAGGCAGUGGAAGAGAUGAUGGAUCGCAUCAAGAGAGGGGUUCCCCUGCGGCCUGUGAACUCUGCCAGCCGAAUAAAGAGUAAGCAGGGGACGGCGGGAGCAGCAGCACCCCCUGCUGUCAGUGCAGGAGACGUGGAACCUCAAGUCCCAAAGGCUUCAAACACUGCAGUGCUGGAACUGAAAGGAAUACUGGAAACUCUCAGCACUUCCGUCGGUGGAAACAGGAAACCGAAGGACAUCGCUAAUCCCUCGAACGAAUCAGAGCUGGAAAGGAUAUUACGCCGCAGAAAAGCAACAGCCGAGCAAGACGCUUCCAGCCCGGCCGGUGCACUGACCAGCCUGGAAUCCAAAUCGAUGCCCAUCCUGGGAACUGCCUCCAGCCCGUCUCUCAGAGAAGCCGAGGUGAAGUCUCUGUGCCAGAGUAACGUGGCAGAAGGGCACCUGCUUUUCCAAGGCAAGAAGGAAAGCCCAAAGGUUUCCUCUCAGUCUGCGGAGGCUCUGAGCAAUGCAGCGAGACAGGCUAAGGUAGAGGGUCCCGGCACACCCUUAGACUUGGGCCUACAGUCUGCAGAAAAAGCCGAUCCACUCCAGAGAUUACCGGCAGAAAAUGGCAGCCCGGCCAACAGCUCCAACUGCUAAUACGAAGGAAUAUUUACCCUCACUGCCUUUGCACCGAAAGAGAAGAAAAAUGUUUAUUAAAUCUUCUCUUUCAGCAAAACACCCAAGAAGCCUCAUCGACACUUCAAGCCUAAGCACAAGAUGGCUACGUAUUCUGCAUCGUGGCAACAAGCAGCGCAAGAUUCACUGCAACAAAAUCACUGUCUCGUGUUUUAAUGGCGCAUUUGUAAGAGCACAAGGAAAACAUUCCAUAGUGUGUGUGUGUGAGUGCAGUUACACGUAUAUACACGCAUUUACACGUAUAUACACACAGUUACACGUAUAUACACGCAUACUGUGUGCCUAGAUACAGGGGGGAUCAUUAUGGCUCCCAGAAUUGACAGAUUGGCACAUAGACCCUGCCUGGGUAUAAAUUAGUGAAUUCCUGCUCAUCCCGACAUGCAUGUGUAAUGGAGUGUGAAUAUAUUCAAUAGCAGCAGAGGUUUCAUUUCCCCCAAUUUUAAAUUAAAGGGGAACUAUCGCGAAAAUGUAUUAUAAGCUUCAGCAUAUUGAAAUAAGAAACUUUCUAAAUACAAUCAAUUAAAUAUUCUGUACCAUUU